UCAAAUUGUGUAUUUAGGAUUUGUUACCAACCAACCCAGAGUACCUAACAACACAGCCUUCACCUACCCGCCACCCACCCACCCAUGAACUUAUACCUCUGCUCUUCUCCUUCAAGUGUUUCAACACAAAAACUAAGUCCAAAUUUGAGUCACCAAAAUCCUUCAUUUGAUUUGAGUACAAUUUGGGAGAUUUAAAGAAAAUGUCCCUUACUGAUUCAGUGCAGAACAAGCAGCUUGGUGUCAUCACCUGUAAAGCUGCUGUGGCAUGGGGACCGGGAGAACCAAUGGUGAUAGAGGAGGUGGAAUUGAGUCCACCUCAGUCAAUGGAGAUUCGUGUUAAGGUUGUCUGUACUUCUCUCUGUCGUAGCGAUGUCACUGCUUGGUUGUCACAGGCUCAGGCUUCUAUAUAUCCUCGGAUAUUUGGUCAUGAAGCAUCAGGGAUUGUUGAGAGUGUUGGGGAAGGAGUGACUGAAUUUGUAGAAGGGGACCACGUGCUUACCUUAUUUACUGGGGAAUGCAGGAGUUGCAGACACUGUACCUCAGGCAAAAGCAACAUUUGCCAAAUUCUUGGAUUGAAACGAGAUGGUGUUAUGCAUGGUGAUCAAAAGACGCGGUUCUCUAUAAAAGGAAAGCCAGUUUAUCAUUAUUGUGCUGUUUCAAGUUUUAGUGAAUACACAAUUGUACACUCCGGUUGUGCGGUCAAGGUUAGCCCGAUUGCGCCUUUGGAUAAAAUCUGCCUUCUUAGUUGUGGAGCGGCAGCAGGUCUGGGUGCUGCUUGGAAGGUUGCAAACGUCUCUGAAGGAUCAAAGGUGGUCAUUUUUGGUCUUGGGACUGUAGGACUUUCUGUUGCACAAGGUGCUAAGAUGCGGGGAGCAUCUCAGAUUAUUGGUGUGGAUAUGAGGCAAGAGAAAUGCGAAAAAGCAAAGUCUUUUGGAGUGACGGACUUUUUGAACCCAAAUGAUUCUGACGAACCCAUUCCACAGGUUAUAAAUCGCCUAACUGGUGGAGGUGCAGACUAUGCAUUUGAAUGUAUUGGAGAUACAGGAAUGGUUACCACUGCUUUACAGUCGUGUUGUGAUGGAUGGGGCUUGACUGUCACACUUGGAGUACCCAAGCAGAAGCCGGAGGUAACAGCUCAUUUUGGACUUCUUCUUAACGGUAGAACAUUGACAGGAUCUCUAUUUGGAGGAUGGAAACCGAAGUCUGAAAUUCCUUCAUUAGUUGAAAUGUACCUAAAGAAGGAAAUCGAGUUAGAUGACUUGAUCACACACAAUCUGCCCUUCGAGGACAUAAACACAGCUUUCGAUCUGAUGAAAAAUGGGACUUGUUUGCGUUGCGUUAUACACAUGCCUGAAAUAGAAGGUUUUCCAAUGGCUGGCAACUAGUUGAAGUUAUUUCAUGCUUUCUGUUACCCCAAACUAUAAAUAGCCAACCACAAUGAACUACCAGAAAAUUUUGAUGUUGUACUAUAGUGUAUCACCGAGCGUCUUUCGAAAACAAGCUCUCUACCUCCACGAGGUAAUGAUAAGGUCUUGCGUACACUCUACUCUCUCUGUACCCCACCUAGUGGGAUUUUACGGGGCAUUUGUUGUUAUAGUAUAGUAUAAGAAAUCAUUUUCCUACCUUCUGUUAUUUUUUGAGAGGACAAUUUAUAAUAUCAAAAUGCAUUGACUGGUGAGAAUUGAAAUGC